GAAGCCACGCCCAUCGCACGUUUGAUUCUUCAGCGGCUUCCGUGUCAAAAAAAAAAACAUGCCGCAAAAACUAACAAAGCUCAAACCGGUAAAAGUGAGGCGUGCUGGAGAGGCGAAAAAAGUCGGUGUGGCGGCGUUUACCCUGAAAGAGCUGAUCAAGAAAGCAUGCAGUUUACUUCAGAUGCCUGCGUCCAGAGUACAGUGUUGUCUGUAUGAAGACGGGACGGUCGUGACGGAGGAUUAUUUUCUACAUCUUCCCGAUAACACUGAGUUAGUUCUACUUCCGGAUGGACAGAGCUGGAACGGAAUGGUAUAUGACCUCAGCCAAAUCCUUGGGCUGGACAGACACUCAGAUGAGCUGAUCAAUGCGGCUCGACAGCUAUUGUCCGAUGAGCAUUCAGCUAGAAGGAGAAAAAUCCUCAGUGAACUCCUGUGCAAUCUGAAAGAUAAUGCAGAGCUGGAGAACAGGGAAGAAGAUGAGUCCUGGUUUGAAGGGAUUGACACAAGAUUUAAGACCAAGUCAUCGUACAUGAAGCACAGCUGUGAGCAAAGAAUACGGUCCUACUUGAAAGAGGUGGACAGCUAUGCUCACACUAUUAAGAACGCUAAGCAGAAAGGUGAAUAUCAGAAGGUGGCAGCUAGCAUGGCAGAAAAGCUGAAAUCCAUGCACUAUCAUGGCAGUUACUUUGACAGGACAGAGAAGGAUCUCCAUCGACUAUGCACUAAAGAGGGCUGGUUCUCCUGCCAGGGUGCCUUUGAUCUGGACAAAUGUGAAUCUCUCCACUCGAUAAACCCGUAUGGGAACCGUGAGAGUAGAAUCCUUUUCAGCACCUGGAAUCUGGACCACAGGAUCGAGAAGAAGAGAACCAUCAUACCCACUCUUGUCAGUGCACUUCAAGGUAAAAAGAGCAGUGAUAUAAACCUGGACUAUUUUUACAAGCUGCUAUUCACAACAGAAAAUCUCAAGUUGGUUCACAUCGUCUGUCACAAGAAAAGUGCUCAUGACUUAACAUGUGAUUCCCGCCAAGUAUACAGACGGUAAAAGGGAAGUGAAGUGGUUACUAAUUACAUCACGACUAAAGUCGUCUGCGAUUUUUUUUUUUUUUUUUUUUUUUUUUAGUGGAACAAAAUAAUCUUUUUUUAAUGCUUUUCCUGUAGUUUUUGAAGUGUGAUUUAUAUUUGUCCAGUUUAUCUUUUUAAAAAAUAUACUUGAUUUAUCACACAAGUAUGAACACUUUUUAGGUUCAGUUUUAAAAUGCCAAAUUAUGGAAUUCUUUUUCUGGUUGUAAUAUUUUUUAUUGAAUUUUCAAUAUGCAUAUACAAAACAUUUAACAAACCCCCAGCCCUUACCAACAAAACCCUAGAGCAGCGCUCAUGCUGUCCAUUAAAUCCGAUAAGAAUUACAGAUUUUGUUUAAAAAAAAAAAAUCAGAUAAUAAAUAAAUAAAAUAAAAUUAAUUAAUUUAAAAAAGGGGGAAUGGAAUUCUUUUUAUAACAUCAUGACUGAGAGCAAUGUUUGCCUAUUUAACAAUGUUUCUGCCUUAUGUGUGAAAGUUUCUUUAAAAAAUGGUUUGGAAAAAUUUUGUUUACUUAUUUUAUUAUAUGAAAUUCAUAUUUGCUAAAUUAGUUGUAUUUUUUUUUUAUUGACAUUAUAUAUAUUUUUAUUAAACCAAAUCAUUUGGUUCGGUUUUAAAUGUCACUUCAA